AUGGAGGAAACAGGCACUUCUGAAAAAGAAAUGGAUAAUUUUAUAUAUUCAAAGUUGUCUUCAUUUAGUUCUGACAGUGAAUAUGGUGAUGAACAAAGAGAGAUGUCAGUGGUUGUGAGUAAGGAUCAAGAUGGAUAUGAACCAAAAAUUGGAAUCAUGUUCUCCAACGAAGAUGAAGCUUAUAAGUUUUAUAAUGGAUAUGCUAAAUUGGUUGGUUUUACUGUGAGAAAAUCAAAAUAUCGAAGAUUGGCAGAUGGAACCAUAAGUCAGAGAACAUAUGAUACUUGGAUUGUUUCUAAGUUCAUUGCAGAUCAUAAUCAUGAUCUUGUGAAAUCACGUGCACGAGCUAUGUUAAGAUCACAAAGGCAAUUGGAUGAAGCACAUGCUAACAUGAUUGAAGAUAUGGACAAUGCUGGAUUAAAACCAUGUAGUGUGUAUUCAUAUUUUGUUGAAGCUGCCGGAGGAGCUGAGAAUGUUGGAUUUUUAAAAUCUGAUUGUAAUAAUUUUUUACAAAGUAAAAGAAACAAGACCCUUGAAGCAGGAGAUGCACAAAGUGUUAUUAACCAUUUUAAAAGUCUUCAAGCAAAUGACUCAUCCUUCUUCUAUACAAUGCAAGUGGAUUGUGAAAAUCGCAUGACUAUGUUUUUUUGGAGUGAUGGCAUAUCAAGGACAGAUUAUAAUCACUUUGGAGAUGUGGUAAUUUUUGACACAACCUAUAGAACAAACAAGUAUAAUAUGACAUGUGCACCUUUCAUAGGGGUAAAUCAUCAUAAACAAAGUAUUUUGUUUGGCUGCACUUUCUUAUUGAACGAGACAACAGAGUCUUUCGUUUGGCUAUUUGAAUCAUUUUUGGAAGCAAUGAAUGGGUUGCAACCUAAAACAAUUUUCACUGAUCUGUGUCAAGCAAUGGCGAAUGCUAUUAAAAGAGUUCUUCCUGACUCUCAACAUCGACUUUGCUUGUGGCAUAUUGGCCAAAAUGCUGCUAAGCAUCUUUCUUAUUACUUGAGAAAACCUGAUUUUAAGGUUCUAUUUAAUAGGUGUCUCUACAAUUGUGGAUCAGAGCAGGAGUUUGAAGAGCUGGCAUCUUAUCAACACAAAGAAGUGAGGAGUAUGAAUAAUGUUUUUCGUACUGUCACUUGCAAGACGAUGUCUCUAACUCAAUUUGUACUUCGUUAUGAAAAAGUUUUGGAGCGUAGACGAUGGUCAGAAUUGCAAAAGGACUUUGAGUGCAAUCAAUCCGCACCUCCUAGAGUAAAAAAACUUGCAGGUAUGGCUGAACAAGUUGCACGAGUAUAUACUCAUGUUACUUUUGCAGAAUUCUAUGAAGAAUUGUUUGAAUCUUUAUGUGUGGCAAUUGAAAAAAUAAAUGAAAAUGACACUUUGUUUUGUUACAAUCUAGUUAAAUCUGGUGAUCAGAAGCAAUAUUUUGUGACAUUUGAAAGUGCAAAUUGCUCUAUUGAAUGUACUUGCAGAAAGUUUGAAUCAGUUGGCCUCUUAUAUCUUCAUGCACUGAAAGUACUUAACUUUCACAAUAUUUUUCAAAUACCGUCUCAAUAUAUCUUGAAGAGGUGGACAAAAAAUGCUAAAGAUGGUUUUAGUAUAAGCAACAAUAGCAAACAGGUUUGCAACAAUGGUAAACAAGGAAUAAAUUCCUGUAUGAGUCAAAUAAUGAAGAAAGCCAUUUAUUUUGCAACCAAAGGUGCAUUGACAGAUGAAACAAUCACAAUGGCUGAAGAUCACCUAGAGCAUGGGAUAAAAAGAUUGGAAUUGAUUUAA